UUAGACCCGAAACCAUUAUAAAUGGUUGGAGAAAAACUGGUAUCCUCCCACAAAAUACCAAUAAUGAUCAAAAUAUUGAUGAUGAUUUUGCCAAUUUUAAUUUUACUGAUGAUGAUGAGGAGGAGGAUAUUAAUCAAAUACAAGAUCUUAUUGAUCGAUUGGUUCCUAAUGUAUAUGAAAACCCGAUUUUUGCCAAAGAAUAUCUACAAUAUGAAAAAGAUGAAACAAAUAAUCAGAUGAUGACUGAUAAAGAAAUUAUAGAAAUAAUGAAAGAACCAGAAGAACCAAAUAUUGAAGAAUCAGAUAUUCCUAUUAUCAGUAAUUACGAAGUGCUAGUAGCACUUAAUCAAAUAAUUAUAUAUACAGACCAAAAAUCUGAUAAAAUUGACUUUUCAAAAGAUCAAAUUCGAGCUAUAAAGAAGUUGCGUAAAGUGGUAGAACGAGAAGAGUUCAAUUCUAAACAGCAAGUCACUUUAGAUUUGUGUUUCGAAACUAAUACUAACGAAG